AUGGCAGAGAUCAUUGUUGCUGCAUUCGUUCAAGUACAGUUUGAUCGGUUAGCAUCUCGCGAAUUGCUGAAAUUUGCAUGCGAACAUGGAGUUGGAAAAUAUUUGAAAAACUGGGACGAAAGGUUGAAAAGAAUUAAUAUGGUGCUUGAAGAUGCAAACGAGAAGCAACAUACUACAGGAAAAGUGAAAGCAUGGCUUGGUGAUCUCGCAGACUUGGCAUACGACAUGGAAGAUGUUAUGGAUGAAUUUGUCACAGAAGCUUCGCAACGCCAAUUGAUUGAUGAACGUCAGGCUAGCACUAGUAAGGUAGGUAAUCUCGUGCCUUCUUGUUUUACAAGUUUGAGUAGUAUUCCAAGUGUUGUUAAGAUCAAGAUUAUGAUGACAGCAAAGAUAACAAAAAUUAAUGCUCGAUUUAAUGAUCUUAUGAAACAAAAAGAUAAGCUGGAGUUGAAGGAAAAUGUUGGUGGGGUUUCAAAUAAAAGAGAAGAGAUACUGUGCUCAACUUAUCUAAUGACGUUGACCAAGAUUUUUGGCAUGCUUGGUAGGGAAGAGGAUGAAGAGCUUGUUGAGCUUGUUGUUCAAUUAUUGCAAAGUGAUAAAUAUAGUGAUUCCUAUAAAUGGUUUGGUAGGAUGGGAAAGACAACACUCGCUCAAUUUGUAUAUAAAAGUGAAAAAGUGAAGAACGUUUUUGGCCUGAAGAGCAACUGCAGUUUCCGCUUCCCACAGAAGUUGGUGAUGGUGGCAAUCGUUUGGGCUGUUUCCGAGGGUGAAGAGGAAGACUACGACUGCUUCAGGUGCUGCGGCAAGGUUGCUUUCAAUAUAGGCUUGCAGUGGUGCGGGUCUGGGUAG